UCGAACGAAACACUUGUUUGAUUUACAUUAACAACUGUUACCGACAAACAAUCCACAGUCUACGCUUUACCGUAGCUGGUGCCUUAAAUCCUCUUGUACCAUAAAUACGUGAGAAAAUGUAGAAGUUUGCUGUAAGUGUCGCAAAGUUAAGAUGCAAUCAGUGAUGGUGAUCGUCGGUACAGUGUUUUUGGCAUUGUGCUUUACGAAUGUGCUUGCUAGUGACCGUCUCGUGGUGAACAAAACUAUAGAAAGAAAUGAAAAAUCGAAAAAAAUUACGCACCAGUCCAAGGCUGGUUUAGGGCGCAUUGUUAAUGGAAAGAAUGCAAAUACAGCAUCGUACCCCUAUAUAGUGCGUUUGCGUGUGAAUAGCGCGGGUGUUUGUGGUGCUAGUAUUAUAACUUACACGCAUGUCUUUACUGCUGCUCACUGUCUGUACAAGAAUCAGAACCCUGCCUCGAUCACGUUGUACGGAGGCAGUACGUCGCAGACUACUGGUGGUGUCGUGUUUUUCGCUAGCAAAGUCAUAAUCCAUCCGUACUACAACCCAGAAACACAUAAUUACGACGCGGGGAUAGUACAAAUAAAAACUUCCUUCCAAGGAUACAAAAAUAUUGCUCCCAUUGCUCUCCAAGAUGCGGAAGUUCCUAGUAACACUACAUGCUACGCAGCAGGAUGGGGUUAUAACAACUAUGAUAGAAAAACCUCUCCAGACAAUCUGCAAUAUGCCACUCUGCAAGUAAUUUCACCACAGCAAUGCUCAGCAGCAUGGAGUAGCUAUUCUACACCACAGUUUAUUUGCGCCCAGCAAAACAACAACGGUGAUGUAUGCAACGGUGAUAGUGGAGGACCAUUCGUUUGUAACGACAAGCUAACGGGUGCCACCUCCUAUGGUGGUGUAGCUUGCCGGGGCAAGUUACCUUCUGCGUUUACGAAAGUUUUUGCUUCAGCCAUUCGUGAAUUCAUUCGUAGCAUUGCGGGAAUUUAAGUUAUAGUCUGCUCCCGAGUGACUCGGUUUGUGUAUUCCCAAAGAAUCCGCGUAACUCGAAUAUCAGCGUAAGUUAAGUUUCGCGGUUUCCUACCAAAAUACAAUUGAUAACUCGAUAAUUUUUAUUUAUCGAUAACUCAUUUGAUAUGAUUCGUACCGAACAUUCUGAUAAUUUAGACUUUUAAGUGGAUUAAAUUUUGUUAACAAAAAUGCAAUUUAUAAUGUAUUUGACAGUUCUUGAAGUAAAUUAUAUUGAUUUGACGUU